UCUGUCACUUUUAACUUCAAAAUAUUGUGCUCGCUUUUGCGAUUCGCAAAAUAGUUUUGCAUUUUCAUUCAACAUACGGACGGUAUGAUAUCAUCCCGCCAAUUAAAGACAUUCUAAAUCGGAAAACAGUGCGAAUUAAACAUUGUGUUUCAAUAAUUUGACUACGAUGACUUUUUCUUGGACAUAACAUGACAUAACCAAAUAGUGUUCAGGAGUAGUGUUUACUUUUAUUUGUGUGCAGAGACGGUGGUAAUCUCACCAUGGUGUUUGAGUCGAUUAUUGUGGAUGUGCUGAACAGGUUCCUAGGGGACUAUGUGGAGAACUUGGACAGAUCCCAGCUGAAGGUGGGGAUCUGGGGUGGUGAUGUGGUGCUGGAGAACCUGAUACUAAAACAAAAUGCACUCGAGGAGCUCAACAUUCCCGUCCAGACUGUCUAUGGGCACUUAGGAAAGCUAGUGCUCAAGAUACCAUGGAAGAACCUGUACGGCGCGUCCGUCGAGGCGACAGUCGAGCGUCUGUUCCUGAUAGUGAACCCAGUGGCUGAAGUCAAGUAUGACCAGGAGAAGGAAGAGAAGAUGGAGUUAGCGGCCAAACAGGCCGAGCUGAGACGCAUAGAGGCCGCCAAGAAGGCGGAAGCGGAAAUGGACGAAAACAAGCUCGACGAGACAUUCGUCGAGAAACUAGUGACUCAAAUCAUCAAGAACGUCCAGCUCAACAUCAAAGACAUCCACAUCAGAUAUGAAGACAGCAUCACCAACCCCAAGGCACCCUUUUCCUUCGGGAUCACGCUACACAACCUGUCGGUUCACACAACCGAUGAGAACUGGACUAAGACUGUUAUUCAGGAGGCGGUUACAAAGAUUUUUAAGAUCCUCAGUUUAGAAGGUCUGGCCAUAUACUGGAACCCGGCGACGGAGCAGUAUUCCAAGAAUGACAUGACACACAUCAAGACUAGACUCAAAAAUGAGAUAGCAACCAAGUCGGAAAUACCGACGUCAUAUAGUUAUGUGCUCGGCCCAAUCAACGCGACAGCCAAACUAAAGCUCAACCCUAAACCCGAGAACGACACACCCAAGUUCAGCAUCCCGAAGGUGAUCCUGAGCCUGCACAUGGAGCGGCUGCUAGUGAACCUGUCCAGGGACCAGUACCAGGACAUCAUGCUGUUGGCGGAUUCGAUGGAUCGGAUGACUAAGGCUGCACCGUUUAGAAAAUACCGCCCAGACCUGCGAACCUACCGCGGCCACUACAAAGAGUGGUGGAAAUACGCCUACACUUGUGUCCUAGAGGAGGAGGUCAAACGCCGCCGUCGCAACUGGGACUGGGCCCACAUCCUCGGCCAUAGACAACUGUUGAGGGACUACGCUCAGUCGUACCAAGUCAAGCUGAACUGUAAGGGGAAAGUGCCGCCUGAACAUGUGAAGGUUCUAGAAGUGGGGGAGAAGAAACUGGAUCUGUUUAAUCUGGUCGUGAUUAGACAGAAGAUUGAGAUGGAGGUGGAGCGUCUGGGCAAGCUAGAGGCGAAGGCGCGCAAGUCGCAGGGCUGGUUCAGCGGCUGGUGGGGCGGCGCUGACGCCAAGGAUGAUGAGCUGGCUGAAGGAACUGACAUCUUGAAACAGUUCGAGAAAGCCAUGACGCAAGACGAAAAGGACAAGCUAUUCCGUGCCAUAGACUAUCAAGAGAAUUGCGCCCCUCUGCAUUUGCCAGUCGAGUAUGUGGCUAUGGAAAGCCACUUUUCUUUGGACAGACUUCAGCUGACUGUGACAAAUAAGGGAGUGGUUUUAAGUGCGUCUGUUGAUGAUGUUGGAGUUGGAUUGAUGCAGCGGCCGAGCGCUAAUGCUUUGAGGGUGGACGUGACGAUGCAGAAGUUCUCGGUCCGCGGCGUGUCGCAGAAUGGCGUCGAGCCGCAGCUGGUCAAGUCCGAAGACGUGUCGGAACACGCCAACCUGCUGAAUGUGAUGUUUGAGACUAAUCCGCUGGAUGCCAAAUGCGACCAGCGAGUGCGCGUGGUGGCGCUGCCUCUGCAGAUCACGUACGACGCUCAGACCGUCAUAGAGAUCGUCAACGUUUUCAAACCAGCCGAGGAGUCUAAUGCUUUGACCACUCUACAAGCGGCGGCUGAGAACAAGUUGUCUGAUCUGAAGGAGAAGUCGACCCUGGGCAUGCAGUACGCAGUGCACAAACACACGUUCAUAGACAUCGAUAUCAACAUAGCCGCUUCUUAUAUUGUGGUGCCGCAAACUGGCGUUUAUACUGGGUCUGAGCCAUGCAUCGUGGUGAAACUUGGAGCGGUGGAUGUGCGCUCCGCUCCACGCUCGCAACAGGUGCUGAGCGUACGUCAGCUAGUGGCGGAGGGUCUGGCAGAUGCGGACAUCCUGGACCAGAUCACCGAGCACAUCUAUGAUAAGGUCGCGCUCACGCUCACUGAGAUGCAGAUAGUAGUAGCGAUGCGAGGCGAGGACUGGCUGAACGCCAUAACGUCCGUCGAAGCCUCCCCCUUGCACCUGCUGCAGCCGACCAACCUCAUGAUCCAGGUGCACAAGUGCCUCAUCACGGACGACCCGAGGCUGCCCAAGGUCAAGGUCACGGGGGAAUUGGAGAAGAUCGCUAUAGGGGUCAGUGAGGAUAGACUCCUGACGUUAUGUGAAAUUGUCGUCAGUAUGCCCUUACCGCAAGCAGAAGAAUCAACACAGUUGAAGCCCAGCGAAUCUAAGGGAUCUAGUCUGUCCCUACUAAGACUGUUGGACCCAGCUGAGAAGCAGAAGAGAGAAUCGGCUCGCGUCAAGAAACGAAGAGACGAACAUUUGCAACAGUUGACGGAGCUAGAAGCCUUCUUUGUUAUGAAAGAACUAAAAAUAAUCGUCCACAAGAAGACAGCAGCGGCGGCCGCCCAAGAGAAGCUUCUAGUCUUUUCCCUGAACCUUCUAGAACUGCAAGCGACACAGAAGACGUUUAACCUAGAAACGGUUCUGAGGCUGGGGUCAGUGGCUCUGGAAUUGUUCACGAAGGACCAAGUGGUCCACAUGAUACAGACGCCAGCUUUAGACUCGCAGACAAACCAGCCGUGUUUGUUCACUGUGACUUAUGUUAAUGUUGACAAGAAGUGCCCCGAAUUCCACAGCCGCUACAAGUCGGUGGAACAGCUGAUCGUGCUCCAGUUCAAGACAUUAGUGGUGCUGCUGCACCUCGAGUGUCUUCAGCAGAUCCUCGUCAUCGUCAAUGAGUACCAGACGAGACUCCAAGAUAUACAGAAAAGCCACGACCGGAUAGCCACGGCUGGGCCGCUGGAAACUAUAAUGGAGGACGAAGAAAUGUCUGCUACCAAGUCUAAAGCAAGCGUCACAAAAAUAUCAAGCCGGACCAAAGUGGAAAGCAUUCAACUAAAAGUGAAGAUCAACAUUUCGUCCAUAAAGCUCGGGUUCGCUACUGAAAGACGCCCGUUGUCUGAUGUGGAGCUCAAGGGAAUGUCGGCCAAGAUGAUAGUGAAGAGCUCCUACACACAGGUCGAUUGUUCCUUGGCCAGCAUCAGGGUGGAAGAUCUGAAUCCGCUCAGUUUGCAUAAAGAGAUCCUCAAAGUCUUAGGCGGCGACAUAAUAAACGUGCAAGUGGUGUUGUACAACGCGGAGCAGUGCGCCGACUACAACGACGUCAACAUGUCCAUAGACGCGCAGAUCAACUGCAUGCGCAUCAUAUUCUUGAACUGGUUCGUCAGUUCCAUGCUGGAAUUCCUAAACAACUUCCAAACGGCGCAACAAGCUAUCAUCGACGCGUCAUCCCAGGCAGCCGACGCGGCACGAGCCAACGUGCAAACCGCGUACGAAAACUCCACCAAAGUGGCGUUGAAAGUGCGCUUUGCCGCCCCGAUUAUAAUCAUACCGGAGAAUUCUACAAGUCAUAAUGCCAUCAUGGUGGAUUUCGGUAGACUGACGCUGCAGAAUAAGUUCGUGAAUGUUACUGUGCCGGAGCUCUCCAAACAAGUGACACUAGACGAUCUGACCCUCUCUCUCGACGACAUGAAACUCUCCUGUGUCACCCUCUCAGUGGACGACCAACACGUCACCGGCGAACGCAAGCUGUUGCAACCGACUAGCGUCAAGCUGUUCGUGAAGAGGAACCUGUCCACUUGGUACGAGGGUUUACCGGCUGCUGAUGUGUCGGGGCGGUUGAAUACUGUUUCGAUCGUAAUAGGCCAGAGCGACUACAAGAGCAUAAUGAAAAUACUAAACCAGAACCUCCAAGAAGGGCUCAAAGCCGAGGAAGCGAAAGCUCAGCAGACCGUUUCGAAAGCACAAUCUAAAGCCACAGUGAAGAGUCAGCCGAGCAAACAAACACUGCAAACAAAAGCCGUGGUGAACGCGGCCACGUCGGCUGAGAGCAAGAAGCCGACCACCGCGGUCAAGUUCUCAUUCACCAUGGAGAGCUUUGUCAUCGACCUGGUUAAUACUGUUACUAACGACGACGGCGUGGUAGUCUCCGACGCCGGCCUAGCACGACUCUGCCUGCUGCUGCUGUCGGUGAAGGGGCGCGCCAUGUCCGACGGCUGCAUGCACACGGCGCUGCUGCUGCUCGACUGCACGCUCGACGACAUGCGCCCGGGCAGGGGCGGCAAGAUCACCAGAUACCUGGAACGCCGGCGCGAGACGCCGCCCUCCACGCCGCCCAACUCGCAGCAGAACGUGGCUCGCAGCGACCAGCUGCGCAGCAUGAUCGACAUCACCUAUACCAUGAAGGACGGGGACACUUUCAUCGACCUCCGAAUCUUCAGCUUCAACCUGAUCCUGGCGAUGGACUUCCUCAACCGAGUGGCUGAAUUCGCCAAGACCGGGCUGGAGGAGGCGCAGGGAGAGACUCCGAGGGUCAGUGCCGCCACACCCGCGGUCAAGGCUGAUGUGAAAAAGCGCACAGUAUCCGUCUCGGAACCAGUGGAUAGCGAGGCGCAGACGCGCGCGUCCAUGCUCACGCUGAACCUGAAGAUCGAGCAGCCGGACAUCUUCCUGGUGGAGAGCCUCGAGCACCGCGACUCCGACGCACUCGUUAUUAAUAUGGAAGUCCGCUUCAAGCUCCGCCAGACCCCUACUCGCCUGGUCACGGAGGGCGGCAUAUCCGGCCUGCAGAUGGUGGUUGGAAGAUGCGGCAUCGAGUCUACCAGGUCUCGCGUGCUGUUAGCGCCCGUAUCGGUGACGCUGGCCGCCAGUCGCAACGAGGACCAGGCUCUGAGACUGCAUCUACAGCUGGACUGUUUGAAGCUUACCGUAUCGCCCGACGUAAUAGCCCUCCUAUCGAAAGCUCUCGCGACAAUGACGAGCAGUGAAGACGACAACGUGGAACAAGAACAGAAGGCGCUCGUGUACGACCGGCUGUGGGACGUCAAGCCGUUCAAGCAGACCGACUACUGGUUCCUGAAGACUGAAGAGGCGCUAGAAGCAAUCACCCUCGAAGAGUCUACAGAACAAGUGAAGUCCGUGGGAGAAGCGAGUGAGAUCUGCCUCGUGUCGUGUCCCACCAUCAUACUGUCUCUGCAGAUGGAGAUAGGAGCUGAUACGAUACCCGUGCUAGUCAUGCAGGCUAGUCUGGAUGCGCAUUUGAAGGACUGGUCUAGUGAAUUCUACAUGGAGUCGACAUGGGCUAUGCAAGUGUCGUACUACAACAUCGGGAGAGCAGUUUGGGAGCCGCUCUUAGAACCAGUUGAAGUGUUGAAGGACUACCAGUAUAAACAUGUGCCGUGGGAACUUAAAAUGGAGGUGGUAAUGCGUCCUCAAGAAGCGCCAGCUGCCAUAGACACAACCGACGAAGCGACCAACCUCCAACUAGCGGCCACAAGACAAGCCCACCAGAGCAUCACCGUGACUAGCAGCGAGCCCCUCGAGCUCACCCUCACCAGGACCGCCAUGGAGGUGUUAACACUACUGGGCAACACCUUCUCAGCGGCUGUGGCGGACUCUGAAGACAAGGAUAGCACGAUACAUAAAAUUAAAAACGACAAGGUAGAGAAGAAGUACGUGGGAGCCCCGUACGUGCUGCACAACACGACCGGUCUGACUGCUAAGCUGAUGCUCAACGACAACCCCGACUUUGCCGUGUUCCUGGACAAGGACCAAGCGCACGAGGACUAUAAAGAGGUAGUCCUAGAGCCGGGCGCCAGCGUGCCUCUACAAGUGAAGCGAGGAGGACUCAACCUGAUGAAGCUCAACGAACCGCCGCCGCAGCUCAGGCUGUUCGUCAAGAUCGUAGAGCUAGACGAAGCUAUGCAGAUCCCAGUGGAGCGAGCAGACAAGCGAUACUUCCCUCUCACCAAGCGGGGUGCUUCGGUAGACAGGAGCAUACCGCAUACGGCGGCGUCAGAACCGCGCGGGCUGAUCUCUGAUGUGGUCAUGAUGGAUGGCGCCUUGCAGAUUUAUUUGAGGACUGUUGUGCAGGUGACAAACUCGCUCUCCGUGCCAGUGUCAGUGUACUACAUGACUCCUAGCGGCAACGAGGUGCGUCUACUGGGCGACGUGAAGCCGGGGGGUGUACUCCGGUUGCCGCUGCAAGCUGUGCACACGCCUACGGCUGAGAUAUUCUUCUCUGUUGAAGGGUUCACGGUAUCAGUGUCUCCGUUCAUCUGGCGUGAGCUGCAACAGGAGCCAAGAGUCGGCAAGAUUCUGCAGUGUGAUUCCAAGGACAAACUUAGUGGAGAGAAGUUCUAUAUCAAGGCGGUCGGCACAAUGGAGCAAGUAUUCCUCGAGAACACCAACCGGCACACGUUCGCUUCAUCCUGCUACGAAGUCAACCUGAAACCGGUGGUUAAACUGCAGAACUGCCUGCCUGUCCCCAUCACUGUGUCGCAACUGGGCCUGAAGAGAACGCAGACGUUUGAGCCAGGAGAGAUGUUCCAUCUGUCGCAUCUGGCGCCGAAUAAGGCGUCUAUUGUUAUUAUGAUACCAAACUACCUAGAAAAAUGCUGGGUCUGUACGAAGAAUCUACCAGAGCUGGACACGGAAUUAUCGGUCUGGUCAUUCGAGUCACACGACAGUCCGUCGCUAAUGACUCUGGACCUCGGAAUGCACAACAUCGACGACGACGGGACGCAAGUGCUGUCGCUUUACUGCCCAUUCUGGAUGCUUAAUAAGACUGGGCUCACGCUGUCUUAUAGGAAAUCAAAGAAACCUGAAAAAGAGUCCGGCACCCCAAGCAAGAACGUAGACGAAAUAAGCAACGUGAUAUUCCACCCGAAGGACUAUCGGGAGCCGAUAUUAUUCUCCUUCAAAGCGAAGAAUUUCUUUGGCAAGAAGAAGGCGGCCAUUCGAGUCGAGUUCGGGGAGUGGUCGGACAAGUUCUCUCUGGAUGUGCCCGGCAGCUCCGGCGUGGUUAACUGCAAGAUGGACUUUAAUUUGUAUCAGGUGGCAGUAACGAACCAGCUGACGUUCAACAGCCUCACAAAGAUGGUGGUGUUCACGCCGUUCUUCCAGAUCAUCAACGAGGCGCCCUUCGCUGUCGAGUGGCAGGAGCUGCAGCGCCCGGGGGACCCGUGGCAAGUCGUACAAAGCAGCUCAAGCGCGCCCCUCUGGCCCCGCGUGGAGAAGGAAGACAAGCUGCUGCGCCUGCGCGUGGCCGGCACCAGGCAGCUGACGGCGCCCUUCCUGUUCACGGAGCAGCACGCGCCGUGCCUGCGGCUGGACAACGAGUACGGUGGGCUGCAUGUGGAGGUGCAGCUGAGCGAGGGCGGCACCUACCUCACGGUGCGACAGUACCGGCCGGGCCACGCGCCCGCGCUCCUACUGAAUAUGACGCCGAGAGAGAUCACGGUGUACGAGAAGGAGAAUGUCAAUGUUAGGAAAAUCCCACCGAAUCACCAAAUGCUAUACGCGUGGGAUAACCCCGCCGGGCCUAAGUCGCUCAUAUUCGAAGGACACAAGAAAACUGAAAUCGAAAACGACUUGCGACAAGACGGUUUUGGCGAAUUUGCCGUAACAGCCGACCACCACAUCUGGUGGGUCUCCUUCCUGGACGGGCUCCAACGGGUGAUCCUGCUCACAGACGAGGCUAUCCUCGCCUCAGGGGUCCACAGUAUGGGCGAGGCUGAGCUGCCUCAUACAGAGCUGGUGGUGUCCAUGCACGCGCUGGGGCUGUCGCUGGUCAACGAUGAGAAGAGGGAGGAAAUCGCCUAUAUCAGCAUCUCCAACUCCGGCAUAAUCUGGGAGCAGUGCAAGAUCGGCGCCCGCCGCUACAAGAAAGUGGAACCUCAGAAGAUCAUGGUGUUGGAGGAGGCGUACCAGCGCUACAUGAACGAGAAGGCCGUCAGCGACGAGCCUGUGCCGGCUAGGGUGCUUAUUGAUGAGAAAAUUGAGGUGGACUUCGAAGAGAUGCGAAUCCUAAAGCCGUCACCGCGCGUACUGCGUCGCUCCGUGUCACCAGGCCUGUGGUGUCUCAUAGCCCUGACGCGGCACUCGCGACGUAUCCACGCACGAUUGCAUAGACUACAGGUGGACCAGCAACUGCCGCUGCCGACCUUCCCGCUAGUGCUGGCGCCCACACCGCCGCCGCGCUCCGUCAACCAAGGAAACAUAGGCAUGCGGCCAUUCGUGGAAGUGUCCAUCGUGGAGCACGUGAUGGAGCACAGCAAAGUGCGUCAGUACAAGUACUUUAAGCUGCUGGUGCAAGAGUUCCACGUGAAGAUAGACAUGGGGCUGGUGACAGCAUUGUGUGGAAUGUUCCCACCGAAGACUCUGUCUGAACAGGAGGCGCUGGAGGCGUUCAUAGCGGACCUGAACACGGCGAAGCAGCCGCUGGAGGAGCUGGCCGCGCUGUCCGUGGCCUCCGACCAGAAGAACUUCUACGACAUGCUGCAUCUGUCUCCGCUCAAGGUGCACGUUUCCUUCUCGCUGGGAGGCGCGACUUCGCUACCAACGUUCGUGGGGACGAUACUGCAGAGUAUAGGAGUCACGCUUACCGAUAUGAACGACGUCGUGUUCAAACUAUCAUACUACGAGCGUACGCUCGAGUUCAUGUCCCAAAAGGAGCUGAUAUCUCAAGUACAAAGCCACUACACGGGGCAAGCGCUGAAGCAGUUAUACGUACUGGUCCUAGGUCUAGACGUGAUCGGAAACCCGUACGGAUUAGUGGUUGGACUGAAGAAGGGAGUUGAGGACCUGUUUUAUGAGCCUUUCCAGGGAGCAAUCCAAGGCCCCGGCGAGUUCGCGGAAGGGCUGCUGAUCGGGGUGCGCUCGCUGGUGGGGCACACGGUGGGCGGCGCGGCGGGCGCCGUCUCGCGCAUCACCGGCGCCAUGGGGCACGGGCUGGCCGCGCUCUCGCUCGACAAGGACUACCAGAGACGCCGUAGAGAUACCAUCAACAAGCCGCCCGCGAACCUGCAGGAGGGGCUGGCGAGGAGCGGGAAGGGACUCGUUAUGGGCUUUUACGACGGCGUGACUGGCGUAUUCACCAAGCCGAUCGAGGGGGCUCAAGAGCAAGGAGUGGAGGGUUUCUUCAAGGGUCUGGGCAAGGGGGCCAUGGGGCUGGUGACGCGGCCCACGGCAGGGUUCGUGGACUUCGCCAGCGGAUCCCUAGACGCUGUCAAGAGGGCGGCAGAUCUAUCAGAAGAUGUGACCCGGAUCCGGCCGCCGCGCUACCUGCCGGCUGACUCGGGGGUCAGGCCCUACUCCCGGAGACACGCCGAGGGGUACAAGAUGCUGUUUGAACUCGAGAAGGGCAAGUACACGGCGACGGACCGCUACUCGGCGCACGUGUGGGUCAUCCCCGCCAAGGAGGUGGUGCUGUGCACGGACAAACGCAUCCUGUAUCUGGAGAAGAACAACGUGUUUGGUGGAUGGCAGAUCGUCUGGACGUACCUGUGGCCAGAAAUACCCGAGCUCCCGACUGCAGUGAACAAGGGAGUCUACAUACCGACCGCCAAGAAAAAGGUUCUAGGAAUGUUCCCUAGCACCGGCACAGGCAAAGUCAUAUUCCUGUAUGACGAACAACAGAAAAAAUACCUUCUCACCACGUGCAUACGGCUGAUAAACGAGGCCCGUUGACAUGAGGAUGUAGAAGGAACCUCCGUGGCUAGAAAAACUACGGAAUUCUUUCUACGGAUUGUUGAUUGUCGCAUCGUACUGCACACAUUCGCUUAUCACUGCAACUUGCACCAUUUAACCCCUGGUGGGUUUAGCUAAUUUUUGAUGUUAUCUUACUGGUUUUAGAGUGUAUGUUUCUUUGGGUUUUGUGACGUAAGAAGGUCGCUAUAUCCACUGCCAUAUUUCAUCCCAUGCCCGUCACAAAAUUCAAGGACAUGUGUAGUCUAGCUAGUGUCUGAUUCGAUAGAUUCGCUCUCAAUAUGUCUUGUGAUAUUGUAUCGUAUGUUGUAAGGUUCAUUAUUGAUAGCGCUUCUCUAUUUUAAUACGCUUUUUGUAAGAACAUUUAAUAUAGAUGUAAAGUUUCGUGAGAUUUGAUUAGAAGUCAGUGUAUUCAGUAAUAUUCUUAUAUAUCAUCAUAGCGUCUAGUCUCUCUUAAAUUGUAUCAAACUACUUAAUUAAGCAGAUUGGAACAAUUAAUAAAGUUCAAAAUAGCCAAUGCAUUUAAUAGGUUUUUACGACUGAUUAUUGUUAGAUAUAUUUCAGUCUUCCGUUGGUAGGAUCAGAUUGUAAUCCACGAAGGGGCUCUAAACUAAGUUCGACAUCAAAUAUUUUUCUUCUAAAGUUCCUUCGUGCAACUGAUCACAUUAUACAGGGUGAGUCUUUCAUAGGUCAACUUUUGUAAUAAUGACCUUGGGAUAUAACGAAAAAAAAAGAUGCUUCCCCAUACAAAAAUUGGUUGUUUACGUGACACUGUGUAUGGGGACUAUGGGGAGUAGUUAUUUUUUUUCGGGAAUAUCCCAAGGUCAUCAUAACAUAAGUUGUUCAGAAUGAAAGCUCUGUGACAUACUUCCGGAUGUGCACCUAAGAAAGACUCACCCUGUAUAAAGCAAAUUUAUUUUAGCUUUUGAAUGAAAACCUAUACCUAACUACAGUAGAAGAACGAAUAUGUAGAGGCCUAUACAUAAGACUAGAUUUUCCAAGCAGUUACUAAAAUAUGUUACGUUGUGUUUAA